GUGUAUAUAUAUAUAUACACCAACACAAACCGCAGAACGUUUCUCUGCCACCUCCCACAGCACAAAACCUAAACUCAAAAAAAAAAAAAAAACCUCUUUCUUUGCAUAAAUUCAUCAUCAAUGGAAGAAGACGACCAAAAAGAGUUGCAACUUCUGCCAUCUCGACCGUUGGAUCACGGUUCUAAUUCAAUCAUAAGGUAUAAUAAUAAUAACCUCCGAUCAAAAAAUCAUCAUCAUCUUCAUCACGAUCUUCGUCGACAGAAUAACAAUCGUGGCCGUCCGUUUAAUAAUAAUAAUGGGCCGGGCCUCAAUUUACAACUCUCGAUCAGUCUAAGGCCCACUACGACGACAGAAGAAGAAGAAGAAGAGGAUGAUCAUUUUCGUACGGUAUUAGCUGGGCCUAUCUGCGAAUGCGUGGACGGUCAGGAUCUAACGAUAUUAGUGGACGACGACGAUGACGAUGAUAAUAAUAAUGAUGAUGAUCAGAAAAAAUGUGUUGAGGCGCUGAAGUGGCAAGCCGCUGAGCAGAUAAGGCUGGCGGCUAUGGAGAAAGCUUAUGCUGAGAGAGUAAGGGAGCUGACUAGGAGAGAGAUGGAGCUGGCUCAGUCGGAAUUCGCACGUGCCAGGCACAUGUGGGAGAGAGCUAGAGAAGAGGUUGAGAAAGCUGAGAUUAUGAAGGAAAAGGCUACUACUAAUAAUACUACUUCUAUUACUACCGCAACGACGUCGUUUUCUAAUUCCUCUUCUUCUUCAUCUCAUAAUAAUCGUCAUCACCAUCAGAUCUUGGAUAUGAUGAAUAUUAAUUCUUCUUCUUCUUCUACGUGCAUGGAGAUCACUUGCCAGUCUUGCAGACAAAGGUUUAGGCCUAAUUAUAAUUAAUAAUAAUUAAUAUCUCUAUAAUAACAUUAGUUUUUGCCUAAGUUCUUUAUAAUUAUAUAUUAUCGUGAAUUAAUAAUUAAGAUGUUCAUAUAUAUAUAUAUGAGCUCAUGAUGAUAUUGCAUAUUUUGGGUAAUAAUGGGGAUUUUUCUGUUUUUGGGUAGAAAAUCUGGGGAGGCCUGCAGUUUGAAUUAAUAAACAAUAAUUAAGCUAGUAUAGUAGUAGUAUAUAUAAGUAGAAGUACUACUCAAUAUAAGUAUAUUUGCUGAAUUAAUAAUUAAUAUUUGUACUUUUCAAUAACUUGUGUGGACACUUUUGUUUUUUAAUUUAAUUUUAAUCGUUGGUUUCCAGAAUUGUGAUUCUGUGUAUAUCGAUCAUGAUGAUGAUGAUGAAUAAAACUACAGGACCAUUUUCUCUUA